AUGAGCCCGGAUGAUGUGGACCGCCUGGUGAAGCAGCGCCUGGAGCAGGCGUUUCAUGGAGUUUUUCGGAAGCUUAUUGAUACUUCUGAAAGGGCAGCCCAGGCUGCUGAGGCGAGCGCUUCGAGCAACAAGCUGGACGGGCUCACGAAGAGCCUGAAGGUGGAACAAUGGAAGCCCACCAACCGCGAGGAGGAGCUGAAGACCUGGAAGGAAUGGUCCUUCCAGUUUACAAACUGGCUUGUGGCCAACGACCCCGAGUAUGAGGCAGACUUUGCUGGGCUUGAGGAGGAGAAGGAGGUCGACCACGCUGUGAUCCCAGAUGCUCAAGAAGGGCGGUCGCAGCGCCUGUUUGGCGUUCUUUGCAGUGUGCUCAAAGGACGGCCGCUCCUGUUGGUGCGGCAAAUGGCUAAGAACGGGCUGGAGGCUUGGCGGCUUCUCAAGAAAGAGAUGGAGUCGAAGGAGAAAGCCAGAUCGCUGGCUUUGGUGCGGCAGCUUGCCGCUUGGCGCUUUGAUGAGCACCAGGACCUGCACUCUCAGCUGGUCCGGUAUGAGGAGGCGCUGCGGACCUAUGAAAGCAGCAGCGGCAAAGCUUUUCCUGAGGAGCUGGUGCUGGCGACGGUUGUGACGGGGCUCCGCGAGCCCUUGAAGAGCCAAGUCCAGCUGCAAAUGCAGACCACGACAAAGUAUGCCGACGUGAGGGAAUGGAUCUUGAGGGCAAUGACAACAGCCAGCACGGGCCACAGCCCAUGGAGAAUCAAGGGCAAGAGCGGCAAGUAUGGCAGCAAGGGCAAAGACGGCAAGGGCAAGAACGGAAAGGGCAAAGACAGUAAGGGCAAGGACGGAAAAGGCAAGAAGGGCAAGCCUGGUGAUGGGAAAGGAUGGCAGCAAGGCGGCAAGCAGUGGAGUGGGUGGCAAUCUGCCCAAGAUGGCGCUGGAGGAUGGAACAGCCAAGGCUGGAGCAACCAAGGCUCGCAGCCAGGCGGAGGAAAAGGCAAGAGUGUGCCCUCUGCUGGAAGAAAGGGCAUUGGAAAAAUGAGUGCCCGCAGAAAGGCAAAGGGAGCCGAGCCCUUCAGCAACCAUGUCCUCCAGUGCGUCUACGGCUGCCUCCUCGGUCCCCUCUUCGGCGUCAGCUCUGAAAGCCUAGGCGGGGCACGGAGUCUACAGGGUCGAGACCUUCAGCUGCGAAACGCCAAGGAGCUGCAGGCGCACGGAGGUUUUCGACAUGACAGCCGAGCCUGUGACGGACGGCGACGGACCGAGGUGGUGAUCGGCAGCGGUGCCGACAUCUCGGUGGCACCUCUCAAGAUGGCCAUGCUUGGCAAGCCGGCAAAGCGGUCUGGGAUUCUUAUGCAAGACGCCCAAGGAAAGAGGAUCCCCGAGAAGGAGAGCCGCGUCUUGGACAUUGAGGUCGAGACCACCGAGGGCACCCCCAUCCUGCUGAAGGAGAAGUUCUGCGUCGCCCCGGUCUCCUCCAUUAUUGUCUCCAUGGGGCGCUUGUUGCGAUGGGGAUGGUCGUUGGGAACCUGCGGGGGAAAGCCUGUGAUAGAGAGCGGUGGGCACAAAGUCCCAAUACGCUUGCGCAGGAACACUUUGACGGUGCUGGCAACGGUGGCUUCCAUUGCCGCCGCCGGCUGCAGUGAAGCAGCCGCCCCUGCAACACAGCCCCAGCAGGUGAACAUGAUGACCUUUGACGACUUGGGCCGGCUCCCUCCUGAAGCGGAGGCUUUGGCUGGCAGACCCGGCUGGAGCAUACUUCGCAGCGGGCUGCCGUUCCCUGUGGCCCACAACGUGGAGGAGAUCAAUGUGGAGCAAAGCUUGUGGAGCUCUCUUUGUGCGAGUCGCUUCUUCGAGAGCUUGAUCCUGACCUUGAGCCGGCGAGAUAUAGCGAUGGCAAGCCCGCCUGUGCCCAUGGUGGACGGACCGGCCGGAGUGGGGGACCUGCCUGACGAGAUGGCUGCAGAGGAGCGGCCUCAAGAGCCCGAGGGUGAGGGCGACAAGGAGGAGGAGCUUGAAGGCGUGACGCUCUCGGUGGCGACCCCGCUCAAGGACCUGAAGGAGUUGUGCCGGAAGCUGGGCUUGUCUGUCAGCGGGGGAAAGCACAAAGUACUUCGGCGACUUCGGGUUCACUAUGAGAACUUGGAGAAGCAGGUGGCAUCGGAGGUGGCGAGGAAAAUGUUCGCCGAGCAAGAGCGCGAGCCAGGACUGCUCAAGACGCCAGUUCUACCCUCCAGCCGGCAGCAGGAGUUGCACAACGUCACGCACCACCCUUUCCAACCAUGGUGUGAAGCCUGCUUGCUGGGGAGGAGCCGGCAAAAUCCUCACCGGAACCAGGGUGAAGAACCCAAAGGCGACGAGCUCCCCGACAACAAGCAGAGCGACCCAGUGAUCCAGAUCGACUACGAGUGCACCUUCACAAAGCUUAGGGGAGAGCUGGCUGACGACGAGGACCGGCCAGGCGACGACCAAGGGCAGCCAGACAACCAAGUAGGCCAAGCAGACGGUCAAGAAGGAGAGCAAGGCGAGGGCCAGCAAGAUGGAGCCGUUGAUGUGCGUGACCAGUAUGGCUUGUGCCUUUUGGGCGCAGAGUCAACCACCGGCUGGCUCAGCAUGCAGGUCUCCCCGGGUGGCACCAUUGUGUUUCAGAGUGACACCGAGCCCUCAGCCAAGCAGGUGGUGAAUGCCGUCUGCGCGUGCCGUGCCAAGCUUGGGCUGAAGACGGAGACGAGGUGGAUUGUGAAGGCCAGCCACGGGUCAAACGGCCGAGUGGGAAAGGGCCUGGACACCAUCAGGCGAAACGCGUUGACCUUGAAGGCCUUUGUCGGGGACCGGGUUCAGGGACGCAUCGAAGGGCAUUAUCAGUAUCAUGUGUACUCUUGGUUCCUUCGUCCUGCGGCUUUCCUCCGCAACAGGUUUACUGUCGGAUCCCGACGCUCCACUCCUUAUGAAAUCCUACACGGCGGAAGUACAAAGGAGCUUUGGUUCCCUUCUGUGAGCAGGUGA